CAAACGGCUUCGCUAGUGGAGAGUAUAAAGGUAGCGGAGGCUCAGCCGAAGACAGACUUCAACUGUCACUUGAGCGAGUUCAGACUCUCCAGUCUACGGUCACUGUCCUCUUGUCAAAAUGGUCCGUCUGGUUCUGUUAUUUGCCAUGGUGGCCGUGGCCGCCUCCAAUGGGGUCCGCCCUAUCAGACCCAUACCACCACCACCCAAGGACUGCGUCCACUGGUGCACAAACCCCCUCACCAACAGCAAAUACUGCUGCAACGAUGGAACUGGGCCUCAGUUCUCGGUUGAAGAGCAUCCAGGUAAAUGUCCCGAGCACAGGCCAUUCUGUCCACGUGAUGGUGUCACCGCUGGGCCAGCUCUAUGUGCUCACGAUGGCUACUGCAAAAACCCUGGCUCCAAAUGCUGCUGGGACACCUGUCUUAAGCAUCACACCUGCAAACCUGCAAGGAUCUCACACUAAUAAGAUCUGCAAUUCUUGUGUUUAGUUAAUCAGACAUUUUCUGAGUUUUGAAGUUCCUAGAUUGAUUUGAAUUGCUUCAUUGUUAUGCUUUCAUUGUGUAUGUUAUUAAGAGCAUUAUUAGAAAUAAAAUUGAAA